UUUACUUUUUCUUUUUGAAUAAUGUCUUUUUCUUGCACAGAGUUCUGAUCAAACCUCCUCAGCGUACUCGAUAGUUGAUACUCCGGACUAAGAAUUUACAGCACAACAAUAAUGAAUAAUAAAAUGCUUUUACGUUUCAAGAAAGCUUGUUUGUUGUGGUGAUUUUGCUUGGACUAAGUUUUGGUCUGUGAUUUGUUGCUUUGGUGAGAGAGUGGAUAUGGACGAACGGUACGAGACUUUGAAGGAGCUUGGUUCAGGGAACUUCGGAGUGGCAAGGUUGGCCAAAGACAAGGAGACAGGAGAACUUGUUGCCAUCAAAUACAUAGAAAGGGGAAAAAAGAUUGAUGCGAAUGUUCAAAGGGAGAUAGUUAACCACCGAUCUUUAAGGCAUCCAAAUAUUAUCAGGUUCAAAGAGGUAUUUCUGACCCCUACUCAUUUAGCUAUUGUCCUUGAGUAUGCUGCUGGUGGCGAACUCUUCGAGAGGAUAUGCAAUGCUGGUCGAUUGAGUGAAGAUGAGGCAAGAUUUUUCUUUCAGCAACUAAUAUCUGGAGUUAGCUAUUGUCAUUCCAUGCAAAUAUGUCAUAGAGAUCUGAAAUUGGAAAACACUCUACUGGACGGAAAUCCAGCUCCUAGACUUAAAAUUUGUGACUUUGGUUUCUCCAAGUCUGCUUUGCUGCACUCUCAACCUAAAUCAACUGUUGGAACUCCUGCAUACAUUGCUCCAGAAGUUUUGUCGCGAAAGGAAUAUGAUGGAAAGGUUGCCGAUGUUUGGUCGUGUGGUGUGACACUUUAUGUCAUGUUAGUUGGAGCAUACCCAUUUGAAGAUCCAGAAGAUCCUAAAAAUUUCAGAAAGAGUAUUGGGAGAAUUAUGAGUGUUCAAUAUGCCAUACCCGACUACGUACGUGUCUCUAAGGAGUGUAGGCAUCUUAUAUCUCGUAUUUUUGUUGCCAAUCCUGCCAAGAGGAUCAACAUCUCGGAGAUAAAACAGCACCUUUGGUUUAGGAAGAACUUGCCAAGAGAGAUAAUUGAGGCUGAAAGAAGGGGUUACGAGGAAACACAAAAGGACCAACCAAGCCAAAGUGUGGAAGAAAUCAUGCAGAUCAUUCAAGAAGCAAGGACAAAAAUCCACACUGGUGAGCAAGCUGGCACAGGAACUUCGGAUGUUGUGCGUGGUGAUGAGGCUAAUGAGGAAGUUGAUAUUAAUGACCACUUUGCCAAAUACCUAACCCUUGAUUAAUUUGUGGUUGGCUAAAUUCCCUCUCUCUCUAUAUAUAUAUUGUUUACCGAAGCUAGUGUGCAUUCUUCGUGUGUAUGAUAUAGAGUUGAAUGAGACACAACACUUCAUCGAAUUUGAAAGUUGGGCUAUUUUGUUUAUCAAUUAUAAUAAGAAUUAAUUUUUGUUGUUUAGAUAA